GCCCUUUUGGAAAAUGCUGACCUGUCACCAAUUUGUCGUAUUCCUCAGAAACCUUCCCUAUAUAUAUAUACCUACCUUCUUCCCCUUCCUUUCUCAACAAACCACUUCUACUUUCUAAGUCAUCUCAGAAGAACAAUUAAAAAUCCAACACAUUGCACACUGUAACACAAACACACAUGGCUUUCCUUCUUCUCUUUCUCCUCUCCCUUCUCUCUUCUUCUGUCACUGCCUGCGAUCGCUGCCUGCAUCAAUCCAAGGCUUCCUUUUUCACCAAAGACUCUGUUCUUUCAUCUGGGGCAUGUGGGUAUGGGUCUCAGGCACUGGACUUAAGUGGUGGAAACAUCGCAGCUGGUGUGGCCUCUCUCUUCAAAAAUGGAGCCGGUUGUGGUGCCUGCUUUCAGGUAAGAUGCAAGAACCCAAGUGUUUGCAGCAAACAGGGCACCAGAGUGGUGUUGACCGAUCUUAAUCAAAACAAUCAAACCGACUUUGUACUCAGCAGCAGAGCUUUCUUAAGCAUGGCCGAGAAGGGGAAGGGCAAAGAAAUAUCGAAACUUGGCAUUGUUGACAUUGAAUACAAAAGAGUACCUUGUGUUUACAAGAAUCAGAAUUUGGCGGUCCGCGUAGAAGAAACAAGCAAGAAGGCAGAUUAUUUAGCAGUUAAAUUCUUGUACCAAGGAGGUCAAACAGAGAUUGUGAGCGUUGAUGUGGCUCAGGUGGGGUCUGCGAAUUGGAGCUUCUUGAGCAGAAACCACGGAGCGGUGUGGGACACGAGUAGGGUACCGAGAGGUGCAUUGCAGUUUCGUUUUGUGGUAACAGCAGGGUAUGAUGGGAAGUGGAUUUGGGCGAAGAAGGUGCUACCUGCUGAUUGGAAAAACGGUGUCGCAUAUGAUUCUGGGGUUCAGAUAACAGACAUUGCACAAGAGGGUUGUUUCCCCUGUGAUGAUUCAAGCUGGUGAUGAUUCGUUGCAACUCUUAAUAACCUACCAACACAUACACACAUACUGUAGUCUAGUUUCAUAGACCAAAUUAUUAUACUGAGAAAUCAUGGAGUAGCUUAAUUCAAUCAAAUUUCACAGCAUUCUUUUUUCUAUA